CAACACAACAACAACACAACAACACAACAAUAAUAAUAGUGUGGAGUUUAAAGCAUAUAUCCCUAGAGUCUACUCUCUCUCUGAUACCCUCUAAUACCCUCUGAUACCCUCUGAUACCCUCUGAUCGGCAAUGUCUGUUCCUCUGUUCGUGGAGCCGGGCAAUGUCCCCAAGAAGACGAAACAGAACAAAGCGAAGAACAACAACAACAACAAGAACAAUACCCCCAAGACGGCAAAGAAGGAUUUCCUGGUCGAUACGGUCGGCAAUUCCUUGGUCGAGCAGCUCAACUCCUCCCAAAAGCCAGACGGCUGCCCCUGCUGUGCCUCGCUGGUUGACAGUCUGCGCGGGGGGUCGGAGGAUCUGCCGUUCACCGCGGAUCGAGUCAAGGACCAGCCGAGAAGCAGCAGCAGCAGCUGCUGCAGCAGUGGAAGCGACAGCAGCCGGACGGUGUUUGGGGGGUCGACCCCGAACCUCUCGUCCAGCACCCCCUCCCUCCACCACUCCCAUACCGAUGCGUCGCACGAGGAACGGCCGGCGCUGGCCCCGCUGCUGAAGGAGAAGUACCGCAAGAAGUCGGUCAUCUUCACGCUGGAAGACUUCCGCACGAUGAAGACGGUGGAGCGGCUGACGGCUCACUACGGCCGGGUCUCGCACAUGGGCAUCCUCGACCGCAGCUACAGCUUCUUCGUCAACAAGGCGCACACCGCCGCCCUCUCGUUCAAAGUCAAGCACAAGGUCGCCAUCGUAGGCGGUGACCCCCUGUGUGCCCCGGAGAUGUUUGGUGACCUGCUGGCCGAGUUCGCCGCCUACCGCAAGGAUUUCAGCUGGGGGCUGGCCUUUCUGGGCGUGAGCGACACCUUUGCUCAGUACGCCAGGGACCGCAACUGGACGACCAUGCAGUUCGCCACGGAGCGCGUGCUCAACCCGAUGACCAACGAGGUGCUGCUCGAAAAGGCCGGCAAGCGCAUCAUUGUGCAGAACAAGCAGCUGUUGAACCCGAACAAGGGCGGCACCACCCUCAGCGUCUACGUCCCCGCCGACGAGCCCAACGAGGAGCUACAGCGUGAACUGACCGCCAUGUACGACGCCUGGCGCGUCGAGCGCAACGACGCCAGCAACUCUACCUCCGCCGCUUCCCAGGCCUUUGUCACCGUCUUCGACCCGUUCUCCCUUCCCGACCUCAUGACCUACAUUUAUACCCGCGGUCCCGACGGCACCCUCACCGGGUUUGCCGCUCUGCGCCGCAUCGGCGCCAACCAGGGCUACCAUCUCGAUCCCUGCAUCGCUGCCCCCGGCGAGACCACCCCGCGCGGCAUCACCGACCUGCUCACCUACGCCGCCAUGGCCCUGCUGCAUCGCGCGGGUGUCAGCUACCUCAGUCUCGGCUACGAGCCGCUCGACGCCCUUGGGGAGAUCACCGGCAUGCCUUCUCCGAUCGAGAAGGUCGCUCGCUCCAUCCACCGUCGCGCCUUUCGCAAUCUACCCAUCGGCGGCAAGAAGGCCCACCACGACAAGUUCCGCCCAGACGCCGACCAGGAGUCCGGUCUCUUCCUUGUCUUCCCCGCGGGCGUCCCGGGCCUGCGCCAGCUCAUGGCAAUGGCUCACAUGGCAAACAUUAGUAUUCGUCGCGUCGCCUGGGGUGAGGUCCGCUCCUCCCCUUCCGAUAAGCAAGACUCCAAGGAGAAGCCGGCGGAUGCCUUAUAGGGCACUUUAAUUCUUUUCCUUUUUCUUCUUCAUCUCUCUCUCUCUCUCUCUCUCUCUCUCUCUCUCUCCCUCUCUCUUUUGUCUUUCUCAAAACAGAUCUUUUGUACUUGCAGCGUUGGAGUUCAGGAUAGAUUAGCAUAUUAGCAUUUAUGUAAUAG